AUGCCUGUUUUGAUCACAAAUAGAAACUGUCAGCAGCAAUCAAUGGAGAGUACUCAUAAUAAAGAAAAAAAUGUUUUUAAAACUCAUAAUAAUAAGAAACCAUCUGGUGCUCAAUACAGAAAACGUAAAGCAGAAAAAGAAGGAGAAAAUGUUGCGCAUUUACUUAGUGAUACAUCAACCAGCGAUGAAGAAGACGGAAUAGUGUCAGUUGGAAAUGUUCACUACGAUGAAAAAGAUAUCGAUAACGAAAAUGAUGAUGGCCAAGAUGGUAAUGUAAAUGAUCGCACCAAAGAAACAGCAAUCGAUUACUCAGACUGUGGUUUGUGGCCAAUUCAUCGCAACAUUCAAUUUGUUGAUUAUGUAAUUAAUAUAGGUGCAAUACAAGUGAAUUUGGACACAUAUCCACGCGAUAAUAAAAGACGAUAUUUUUCAAAUGCUUAUUACAACCGAAAACUUUCAAAUGGUGAGGUUAUUUCACGACGUUGGCUUGUGUAUUCAGUUUCUAAAGAUGCGAAUUUAACAGAAGCAUUAAAAAUUCACGAAAAUAGUAAGUCACACAGAAUUGCUUAUCAACUAUGGAUUGACACAGAAAUACGAAUGAAAGCUGGUGAAACUAUUGAUAAACAAGAACAAAAACUAAUCGAAAAGGACAGUUUAAGGUGGCGAAGUGUUCUUGAACGAUUGAUGAACAUUACUUUAUACUUGGCAACAAAUAAUAUGGCCUUCAGAGGUUCUUGUGAUAAAUUGUAUGCAGUUAAUAACGGCAAAUUUUAG